AUGAAUAUUGACAAUGGCCUAAUUAACGGAGUUGUAUUUAUUGAUUUAAAGAAAGCUUUUGAUACGAUCGAUCAUCAAAUUAUCCUGCAAAAGCUUAACAAUUAUGGUAUUGACGAAAACAGUCUUAUACCUGGUUUCAUUCCGGCAUAUCUCACUGAUAGAACUCAAAAGUGCCGGGUAAACGGUCAACUGUCAGAUUCUGUGCCAGUGGCCUGCGGUGUCCCUCAAGGUAGCAGUCUAGGGCCAUUGCUAUUCCUCAUCUACAUUAAUGAUUUACCGAACUGUCUUGAUCAUACUACUGCAAGAAUGUUCGCAGAUGAUACAAGUAUUAGUUAUGCGUCCGACUCAGCCAAAGAGCUCCAAAAUGUCAUUAACACCGAAUUGAAAG